CUGAGCUUGGGAUGUCUGUGCAGACACUGUGUCGCUUAAACAAAGAUGGCGGAGAAAGUGGCCGAUACGAAGGAAACGAAAUCAGCCGUAGGAUCAGGUGAAGGCCAUCAAGACGCUUUCAGGGAGGGCAUUCUGCAAAUGUUUCGACCGGCAGUUGAAGAACUGGACAGUAAAGCUCUAAGUGUGAGGUACUAAUGGCAUUGAGAGGGGUUCAACAUCUUUCCUUUCCUUUAUCUUUGCAAGCCAUACUUACAUUAAAAAAAAAAAAAAAAAAGGAAAACAGACCCAAAAGCGAAGAUAGACUCAGAAAGAGAGAGAGAGGGGGGGGGGGGAUCGAUCCUACUAUGAUCAAAGAAUUUUAUCUUUUAAAUGUUACAGACAAUCUGUUCGUACUAAAUUAUGGUACAAUGGCCAAAUUAAAUAAUAGGAUUUCUGUAACGUCAAGAUUUUAACGUUUCUCGGAAAGAAAUAUCACACAGUCAAAAAUCGUUAAAUGUGCUACUCUGAGUGCCUUAACACGAAAAUCCGCGUUAGUAAUAGGUGAAGGGGCAGAGUUUUGCCGGAAUUAGUAAUUUUAAUAUACUGGGCAAUAUGGUUCCAAGAUUAAUUGGUAUAAAUCUACUAACGUACUAUCAAUAAUAGAGCAAACUGAUUGGCCACACUACGUGCUAUCUAUUUAACAAAUAGAUUCUAGGUUUUGGUGCAUCUGUUCAGUAAUACAACACAGAUGACAUCAAAAUGCAGUAAGAAAAAAAAAAGUGGCACACAAGUUACAGCUUUAUUUAGCCCAGGAUAGCCAUCCAAGUGAUCAAUUUUUAUUUUCAGAAAAAGUCAAGUUGAGUUACGGGAACAAAUCGACAAGUUAGCACAAGGUUAGUGUAAGUUUUAAAUGUUGUUGAAUAAAUUAUUUUGAUCGGAUGGUGUAAUUGCACCUCAUCUUUCAUUAUUUAAGUUGUGUCUGGUAAUCUUUUGUCUAGAUCUGCAUAGAUUGUCUGAGCUUCAAGAGUUCCCAAUCGACCUCGAACCAUAUGUAAAGAAACUGAUGAAUUCAAGAAGAAGAGUCAUGUUGGUAAACAACAUACUACAAAAUGCUCAGGUACUGGAAUCGACACACUCUUGCAUGACUUUGCACAUAAACACAGAUUUUGAAUUAAUUUAGCAAAAGUUUGUCUUAUGCUUGUGAAAUGUAGUUCAUGGCCAUUAUGACACUGUAUCUGAUGCCUCAUGCAAACUUGUGCCAAGUGGCUUCUUGGUAAAUGCAGUAAUCAAAUUUUAGCAGAGCCACUGAGCUAUUGAUAACAUACUGUAUUUAUUUGGCUAUAAGCCAAGACCCCAAACUUUGUACGUGUAGACUCUGCAUAAUGAGAUCCAAAAAUAAAUCGAAAACACCUGGCUACAAGCUGAGACCCAUUCAUUAUCAUUGAAAAAAAUCACAUCAAUUGUCAUAAAUGAGGCUUAAACAAUGGUGAUUUAAUAUGUAAAGGACAAAAAAGCUAACUAUUCAAUUGAAAAGCAAUGAAUCAAAACUCAGAUGAAUUAAUGUGAUCCAAAAUAUCAAUUUAAAACUAACUGUGUUGACACACGUAUGCGGUUUGAACUACCAUCCAGUCGCACUCUCGAAUUGGAAUUAAAAGUUAAUAACCAAUGAUUGCAUAUUGUAGGUAAUUUAGUGUUAACAACUGGGUUGAAAACGUAAAUUAGCCACCGUAAAGGGUAAAAAGCUGACGUUUCGAGCGUUAGUUCUUCAUCAGAGCGAUUAGAGGAAUUGUGGGUUGUGUGGAUGGAUUUAUUCCUCUAAUCGCUCUGACGAAGGGCUAACGCUCGAAACGUCAGCUUUUUUACCCUUUAUGGUGGCUAAUUUACAUUUUCAACCCAGUUGUUAACACUAAAUUACCUGCUAUACUCUCCCACCGACGCAGCACCACAGUUUCUUUAGAAACUUACCCCUUUAUUCGAUUACAUAUUGUGUUUCUUUACUUUAGCUUGGCUUAUAAGUAAAUACAUCCUGAUUUAGUAGAGUUUCCAUGCACUGAAAAAAUUUUUUUCAAAAACUUUCAGCUAUAAGCUGAGACCCCCUCUAGAGCCUAAAUUUUAAUUCACUUCAGUUUUAAUCUGUGUGAAAAUCGCUCGGUUUAUAGUUGAAUAAUUAUGGUACUAAAAAAAGUUGCAAGGUUCAUAGUUAACUUGGAGUAACUUCUUUUGUGUAAUUAUUGCCCAUUCUUAUUGAAGAGAGAAGAUUAAGGUCCAAGAGCUCACUUAAAUCUGUUUAAGAAUUACAUCCUUAGUACUAGUAUCCAUUUUUAUGAAUGGAAAGGACUUGGUUGGCUCAAUUUCAUUUUUGCCUUCAAGUCUAGUCUUCAUUCCUCCUUGACAAGAGACAUUUUGGCAAGGCUGUUGAUAACUUUGAAAUUAGAAGGCAUACAAGAAAUAGUAGGUGGCUAGGUUGUCAUGGAGGCCAUAUUGUUUUGUCAGUCAACAUGCAAGCCUGAGAACUGUUCACAUAAAAUGUCCUAGGCAUUCAGUAAAUUUUGUGCGUACAUUCUAAGAAAUCGUGAAGGUGGAAUUGAUUGACACAAUAAUCUUAACCUGUUACCAGUACACCGUGCAUGCUGUUUGACUCAAAACUGGGAAAUGGUUACUGUCAGUACAAAUAUCUUUGUUUUACAUAUUAUGCUAAUGUGAAGUUUACGUGGCUAACACUUGACCAUCACUGAUCCUUUCUGAUAAAAAGUCACCUAUGUGGUGUUUUUAUACCAUUAUGAUAGGAAAUUAUUAUUUCAAGAUUUAACAGAGAGAGUUAUGGGGUUUAGUGGAUUUCUUUGGUGCCUCACACUUCAAUUGAUAACAAUUUGAAUUUUAACAUUUUAUCUAGGAAAGACUUGGAAGGCUUCAUCAAAGUGUCACAAGAGAGACUGCAAGGAGAAAAGCUCUGCUGGAACCAUCUGAGUUUUCAUGA